AUGCUCACAUAUCAGACGUGCAAAUUAUGGAGGGCACCGAAUAUCGUGUCGCGACUAUCGCGUGACCGUAUUCCCAACGUAAGAAUCAAGGUUCUUCGCGGCGCUCUGUGUAUUGUUCUGCACGACGGGAGGUCGAGGUCGCUAUGUCGCAGUCAUUCAAUCGCUGUGCACGGGAGCUUUCACACCACAUACGCGGUUGAAGUUCACCUAGAAGUCUCAUCCAUCUUCUUAGUACAGGGAAGCAGGCACUGCGCUGGUAUCAAGGUUCAGGGAGCCGCGAAUCAUCCUGGCAUGUCAAUGGGCUUGGAAAGAUCCGAAUGCACCAUCUUUGCCGGCACUUCCUCACAGAAAGGUGCUAGCUUCCCCUUAUCGUUUGCCCCAUCUAUCCAGCUUGUGGAAACUUCAGUUCAUGCCUUCCGGUGGUCCACGCGGCACUAA